GAAGAUGUUGUUUUGUAAAAUUCAAGCUAUCAAAAAGUGCUGUUCAAACGAGUCUGAAAGCUGAGCUUGAUUAAAAAAAAAAAAAAAGCAAUAAACAAGAUUUACAAUAUCAAAAUCGAAAGGAAAUGUUGCUUUGGAUUGGAAAAGACAAAUUCUGUAAGCAAUACGAAAUUUAGUAACAUCUACUGCCUGCAAACACCCGAAACCCGUCCAAAACCUUUGACAUCCAUCCAUGUCAGACAUUGAUGAUGAGGAGUUUGAACAACUAGGCCUUACAGCUCUUGAACAGGUUGAGAAGACAAACACUUCUGGUAAUCAAGCUCAACCGAUUAUCCCUCAAAAGGUAUCAAGAGUUACAACUCAUGCGAUCCUUGUGAAUUUUCGACAGAAAGGGAAUCCUUUAUUGCCUCAUGUCCGAAAUGUGCCUUGGGAGUACGCAGAAAUAGUCCCGGACUUUGUUAUGGGGAAUGGGAUUUGUAGUUUGUUUUUGAGUCUUAAAUAUCAUCAUCUUCAUCCUGAAUAUAUAUAUGGAAGAAUAUCUCGACUAGGAAAGGCAUACAACUUACGAAUCAUGCUUGUCCUAGUAGACGUUGAUAAUCACCAAGCUUCUAUUCAAGAGCUAGUAAAAACUAGUAUAGUGAAUCAGUUUACCUUGGUCCUUGCUUGGUCAUCAGAAGAAGCUGCAAGAUACUUGGAAACAUAUAAAGCAUACGAACAUGUAACUCCUACUUCUAUUAUGGAGAAACCAUCUAUGGAUUACUUGACCCAAGUUCAGACAUGCCUUACCUCCGUUCGAGGUAUCAAUAAGAGCGAUAGCCUGACUCUUCUUUCUCAGUUUGGAUCCUUAAAGGGUGCAUUGUCCGCUUCAAGAGAGGAGUUAGAGCAACUCGAGGGUUGGGGCCCUACGAAAGUCAAUCGUUUUUUGGAAGCCGUACAACAACCCUUCAUGUCCCGUUCAGUUAUCAAAAAUCCCGAAUCAAUUUCGAAAGAGAUAUAAAUAAGAAGAAAAAUAAAUACGAACGCUGUUCAGUUGGCUUUCUACUUGACUAUAUGAACUACGCAUCAAUAAUUUACGAGCUAGUUAAUUGUUCAUAGAUAAUAUUGUAACGAAUAUUAUGUGUACAUUAAUUUCCCAAAAA